AUGGGGAACGCUUCCUUUUCGGCUGAGCAUGGUUAUAUCGAUCUCACACCCGAUCCAUACACAGCAUUAAAUGUUUCUUCUUCAAACGAUACGGCUCCAAAUGUGGCGUUGCAGAACCGCAUCGGAAGAGUUCUUUACCGCCAGCAGCUCACGAUGCGGCCGGCGAGUUUCACCACCGUCUUCACCAUCUUCGUCAAAAACAUGACAACAAAUGCCACGGACUCUCUCGUGAAUUUCAAUGGCGACGGUCUUGCCUUCAUCAUUGUUCUGAAUAAUAAAAGCUUUUUAGCAAAAAGCUAUGGGGCUUUCCUGGGCCUCUUCGACUCCUCCACAAAUGGAAACAUGACUGAGCAGCUUGCCAUCGAAUUCGACACAUAUGCAAAUGAAUUCGACCCGAACAACAAUCAUGUGGGCAUCGACAUCCAGAGCAUCACAUCCAACGCAAUAGCCAAUAUGGGAAACCACGGAAUGGACAUCAAGUCCGGGUGA